AUGUACGCCCUCACCUUUGCCGUCUUGUCCCUGGCCGCCAGCGUUUCCGCUGCACCCACCACCACCGUCCCCAGGGAAGUCUCCAAGACUGUCCCUCUCACUGGCGUCACGCACUCGGUUGUCGCUGGUCUCGGUGGCCUUCGCUUCGAUCCGGACAACGUUGUCGCCCAGGUCGGCGAUGUGGUCGAGUGGCACUACCUCCCCAAGAACCACUCCGUCGCGCAGUCCAGCUUUGGCGAGCCAUGCCAGCCUCUGGCCGACGGCACCUCGUUCUUUUCCGGAUUUAACUUUGCCACUCAGCAGGGCCAGGCACCCAAGGUUUUCCAGAUUGUCGUCAAGGACACUAAGCCGAUCUGGUACUACUGCCCACAGCAGGUCGGCUCGCACUGCCAGAACGGCAUGGUCGGCGUCAUCAACCAGAACUUUGACAACCCCGCCGUCAGCCUGAGCAAGCACAGGGAGCUCGCGUCCAAGACCAAGGUCUCCGUCAUCCCUCCCGUGCAGCAGGGCGGCAACGUUAUCCCCAACCCCAACCCCAACGGCGGCUUCUGA